UUUAAAUAGCGUGAAUGUAUCUCUAUCCACGUUGGACAAGCUGGAGUUCAGAUUGGUAACGCUUGUUGGGAAUUGUAUUGUCUUGAGCAUGGAAUUCAGCCGGAUGGUCAGAUGCCCAGUGACAAAACCAUAGGAGGUGGAGAUGAUUCCUUUAACACAUUUUUUAGUGAAACCGGUGCUGGCAAGCAUGUACCUAGAGCUGUUUUUGUGGACCUUGAGCCAACUGUUGUUGAUGAGGUCCGUACAGGUACUUACAGACAGUUAUUUCAUCCUGAGCAACUCAUUACUGGAAAAGAAGAUGCUGCUAACAAUUAUGCUAGAGGCCAUUAUACCAUAGGGAAAGAGAUUGUGGAUCUAGUGCUAGAUCGCAUUCGAAAAUUGGCUGAUCUGUGUACUGGUCUACAGGGUUUCCUUAUUUUCCAUAGUUUUGGUGGAGGUACUGGCUCUGGAUUUGCAUCUUUGCUAAUGGAAAGACUCUCAGUUGACUAUGGGAAAAAAUCCAAACUGGAAUUUGCAAUAUACCCAGCUCCACAAGUAUCUACUGCUGUGGUGGAGCCUUACAAUUCUAUCCUUACCACACAUACCACAUUGGAACAUUCUGACUGUGCAUUCAUGGUGGAUAAUGAAGCUAUUUAUGAUAUAUGUCGACGCAAUCUUGACAUUGAACGUCCUACUUACACCAACCUCAAUCGUCUCAUUGGUCAAAUUGUAUCUUCUAUCACAGCUUCACUACGUUUUGAUGGUGCUCUGAAUGUAGAUUUGACAGAAUUUCAAACAAAUCUUGUUCCUUACCCACGAAUCCAUUUCCCCCUGGCAACAUAUGCUCCUGUCAUUUCAGCUGAAAAGGCAUACCAUGAGCAGUUGUCAGUGGCUGAAAUUACUAAUGCUUGUUUUGAGCCAGCUAAUCAGAUGGUAAAAUGUGAUCCUCGCCAUGGUAAAUAUAUGGCAUGUUGCAUGCUAUACAGAGGUGAUGUAGUGCCAAAAGAUGUCAAUGCAGCUAUUGCAACAAUCAAGACAAAACGUACUAUUCAGUUUGUGGAUUGGUGUCCAACUGGAUUCAAGGUGGGCAUCAAUUAUCAGCCACCCACUGUGGUACCAGGAGGAGAUUUGGCCAAGGUGCAACGUGCUGUAUGUAUGCUGAGUAACACUACUGCAAUUGCAGAAGCUUGGGCUCGCCUUGAUCAUAAAUUUGAUUUAAUGUAUGCCAAGAGAGCCUUUGUGCAUUGGUAUGUAGGGGAAGGAAUGGAAGAAGGAGAAUUUUCUGAAGCCCGAGAGGAUCUUGCUGCACUUGAAAAAGAUUAUGAAGAAGUUGGUGUUGAUUCUGUGGAAGCUGAAGCUGAAGAAGGAGAAGAAUAUUAAGCUAUGAUAUAUAUUUCAAUAUUUUGUACUUUCAGGUUCACGUGUUCAGUUCUGAAUAAACAUUUAAGUGUUCUAAGAAGUUUAAUAGCUAUUAUUUAAAAUAGCUUUAAAAUCAUCCCUUGAAACAGUUUCUAUAAACUUUGAGCAAAGCAUAAAUAAGUUUUCUGUAAAACUGUCUCAAAAACAUCCAUUCUUUAUUUCUCCCUUUUAUUCUUACAGGAUCUUUUAAAAACUUAUAAAGUAAGUAUUCUGAAAUAGUCAAAGUGUUAUUGCAUCUUAGAAUGUAUGUACAUAAUAAAAUGAUACUGGCGAUGUCAUUGAUUGUGUAUAUGGAAUUUUAUGUUGAUUAAAGUAAUGUGAAUAACUAUCUUGUUGCAAUCUUAUCAGUGGAUUUGGUCUACUCGUUCAUCUUCACUUUUAUUCAUUAAAUUUUCAGAACUGGUUGGAAAUAAAAGUGGGAGAUUAUAAAAUAAAGAUAGUAUUGCAGCUUUUCUGAUCUUUAGUAUAUGGAAAUGAAAUGGAUGAAUAUUCUACAUAAUCAACUAAGCAUAUUGAUCCUAAGACUAGCACAAACUUGAUUUACAUUAAAAGAAACAUUUUGGUUCUUACAUUCUGCUAGCUAAUAAACAGCUUAAAGGUUUAGGUGCAGCAGUAACACAUUUUAUGAUAAACUCAGCUACACUAUAUUGCCAAAAAUAUUCGCUCACACAUCCACAUAAUCAGCCUCAGUUGUGAGCAAAUAGUUUUGGCAAUAUAGUGUAUAUCAGAUUUCAAACUUUUCUGUCACUUGCUAAUAAAGGCCUGAAAAUAUAAUAGCAUGAAGUGACGUAAUCUACUUAAUUGAAUUAUGCAAAUGACAUAGAUGGGCUUGAUCAGUUGCAUGGCAAAAUUAAGUAACGUGCAUGUGUUAUCUUAAAUUACAGAUAACUAGACUACUAUUGGGAAGCCCUAUUCAGUUCAUUGGCCUUUAUUUUCAAAUCAAGGAAUUGUACUAUUCCUAACUAUUAUCAGGCUAUAUUCAGCUGUACACUUAAAUUAUUUCUGAAAAAUCAGAUCUUGUACUGCUUUCAUUUAGGGUGAUGG